AUUUCCCCCGAGCAGUAGGGUGCUGGUGGCGGCGGCAGUGGCUAACCGCUGCUCCGCCCUUUGCUGGCCGUUACCAGUUUUACGGUGCCCACAUUGUGGAGCUAUCGUCCACACGAGAACCAACCCAGUUCUCGGAAGAUGCGCUCGAGCUCAUAAUGGGCCUGAUUCAGCAAUACUCCGACGUCCACCAUUUCUGUGGCAAUGAGUUCUGUGAUUGGUUCCUCAAGGCUUGGGAGAGACCUUUACCUUUACCGUAA